AUGUGCAUCGUGACCGAGUUUGUGUCGACGGGGAGCCUGGCAGAGAUUCUGCCCGACACCUCGAUCAAGCUCGAGUGGAAGCGGCGGCUCAAGAUGCUGCGCAGCGCCGCGGUGGGGAUCAACUACCUGCACUCGCUCCAGCCGUGCAUCGUGCACCGCGAUCUGAAGCCCUCCAACCUGCUGGUGGACGAGAACUGGAACGUGAAGGUGGCCGACUUCGGGUUCGCGCGUAUCAAGCAGGACAACGUCACCAUGACCCGCUGCGGCACGCCCUGCUGGACCGCCCCCGAGAUCAUCCGCGGCCAGCGCUACAGCGAGAAAGUCGACGUUUACAGCUUCGGUGUGGUGAUGUGGGAGGUGGUGACGAGGAAGCAGCCGUUCGCCGGGCGCAACUUCAUGGGCGUGUCGCUCGACGUGCUCGAGGGCCGGCGGCCGGUGAUCCCGAGCGACUGCCCGCGCGAGAUCAAGAAGAUGAUCCGCAAGUGCUGGCACGACGACGCCGACAAGCGACCAACGAUGGAGGCCGUCGUCGACCUGCUCGACGACCUCAUCGGCGAGGCCUCCACGGCACUCGAAGAUGAAGACGACGAUGAUGACGACCAUGAAGAAGAAGACUACGAAGACUACACAGGCGUCUAG